CUACUUUCUCAUCACUCCCACCUUCCUCUCUUCAACCAAUAACGCCUUCCUCUCCAUCUCAAUCUCAUUCUCUCACCCUAGAAAACUCUACUAAACCCUAAAUCCACAUAAACAGGAUGCCGGUUGACAGCUCGUCUCCUUCUGGACAAACUGUAUGCGUUACAGGCGCCGGUGGAUUUAUUGCUUCGUGGAUCGUGAAGCUUCUGCUGGAAAAAGGUUACACUGUCAGAGGAACAGUUCGGAAUCCAGAUGAUCCGAAGAAUGCUCACCUGAGAGAGCUUGAAGGAGCGAGGGAGAGACUAACUCUGUGCAGAGUUGACCUGCUUGAUUUUGGAUCUCUCAAGGAGGCUAUCAACGGAUGCGACGGUGUCUUCCACACCGCAUCUCCUGUCACCGAUGAUCCCGAGCAAAUGGUGGAGCCGGCGGUGAACGGGACAAAGAACGUGAUACUAGCGGCGGCGGAGGCUAAAGUUAGGCGCGUGGUCUUCACGUCAUCUAUAGGUGCAGUGUACAUGGAUCCUAACAGGGGCCCAGAUGUGGUGGUGGAUGAAUCUUGCUGGAGUGAUCUAGAGUUUUGCAAGAACACCAAGAACUGGUAUUGUUACGGGAAGGCGGUGGCAGAGCAGGCGGCGUGGGAGGAGGCGAAGGAGAAAGGGGUUGAUCUGGUGGUGGUGAACCCGGUUCUCGUGCUCGGACCGCUGUUGCAGCCGACGGUCAAUGCUAGUAUUCUUCAUGUGCUCAAGUACUUGACCGGUUCGGCUAAGACAUACGCUAACUCGGUUCAAGGCUACGUGCACGUCAGGGAUGUGGCCUUGGCUCACAUUCUUGUUUAUGAGACACCCUUCACCUCCGGCAGGUACCUCUGCGUCAAAAGCGUCUUGCAUCUAAGCGACGUCGUUUGAGAUUCUCGCCAAGUUCUUUCCCUGAAUACCCCGUACCCACCAGGUAUGUCAUCCCUUUUUUCUUUUUCUUGU